AUGUCGUCUCGCCGUCCGUCCAAGACCACUCAUCCCGAUUGGCUCGUCAAAGCCGUCGCUGAGUAUCGGCAGCUUCUGCCCGUGCAAAUCCUUGUUACCGCCGAUUUCGACCGUGCAGCCGUGUCGGAUGGCACCGCCGGCUGCCAUUUCAAGGACCAAGCUUUCGUCAAGCCGUCCAUUGAAGCCCGCGAGCUGCUUGGACCGUGCCUGGAUACCGCUGUCGUCAAUAUCGCAAAGUGCAAUGAUAUCAUUGCACGCAUGAGCGCUGAGGACUAUGUUAUCCCCGAUCAGGCCGAGACUUACUUCAAGCAUGUCCUUAAGCAUCUGCGCAAGGUUAGCGAUGCAGCUGAUAAGGGCAGGCUCAGUAUUCUGGCGGACUGCAUUGCCCUCCACGAUGGUGAUGACUGGGUCGAUACGCCUUUCGGAAAAGGAAUUCUGGUCCGGGCCCGCAGACCGGUCCCCGCUAAGGCUGUGAAGGAAGCAACGAUUCAGCAACGCCUUGUCGAGGAUGCUGAGAAAGCUCAUCACCCUGCGAAUCCCGGCUACGAAGGUGAGCUGGGUGAAUUGAUCCGAGUCAGGCGCUCAAAGGAUCACAUUCCCGUCAUCUCGUUUGCUGCAAUGACCCUCCAUGCCGUCCACAACAGCUUCAACAACUCCGAUGUCACCUUGUUGAUGGUCACACGCAUACAGAUCGAGGGCAUCGGCAGCUCUGCAACCACAUCUCUCAGGCAUGUCCACCAUGUCUACUUUAGACACAGCGAUGGCAGGUACGAAUGGAUGGAAAACCCGACGGUGGUUGACAAGCUUGCCGUCGGUCAAACGUUUGAGGGCGAGAGUAAGGUCCUUGUCGGUCAAGAAGGGAUCGGACUUUGCUCUGGAGACGAUCGAACCUGGCUCGAUUACAUCAAAGCUAACUUCGGUCUGCUCGUGCUGCAGUAUGCCUUCUGUCAUAACCAGUUCCCUUUCGGUGAUUUUACUCGAGACGACCUUCGGGUAGUACUCCAGAACAUUUCCGGUCGCUCUGCUGCUAGGCUCAGCAGAGAGAACGCUGACCGCCUGCUGAGCAGCUUCGACUUUAGGGGCGGCUCGGCAAAUCCGCAACUCAUAGAUCUAUUCGCCGCGGCCACCUUCAAUCGUCCGGGAUUCGGUAUGGGUACCGCAAAGUACAUCGAGACCAUUCGUGAAAAUGUGGCCUUCCUCGAGACUCCAGAACCAGUGGAUCUCAACUUUCAUCACAUUCUUACCGGCACCGGAGAGCAAAUGGAGCGACGCGCCGUCAGGAUCAAUGCGGCCCACGCCCAUGCUCCAGCACAGGGCUUCGGCGUGCGCUAUUUCGUUGCUGGCAGAUGCGCCGUCCCGAUCCGUGUCGGCAAAUACUUUGAUCAGGCCCUCAGUGAGCACGACGAGGACAGGCUCGCGUCUCCCGCCGACAUCCGCAACAUCAGUCAGAUCGGCGACACCAAUUUCUUUGUGCGAAGAUAA